UUCAUCAACCAAAACAAAACAAAAAAAAACACAAGUGGAAACUAAUAAACCAAGAGAGAGAGAGAGAUAAAUGGCGACGUCGGGGACAUACGUGACGGAGGUACCGUUAAAAGGAACAGCGGAGAAGCACUUCAAGAGGUGGAGGAACGAGAACCAUCUCUUCCCUGACGCCGUCGGUCACCACAUCCAAGGUGUUACUGUUCACGAUGGCGAAUGGGACACUCACGGAGGCAUCAAGAUUUGGAACUACACAUUGGGAGAUGGAACGCAGGAGGUAUUCAAGGAGAGGAGAGAGAUGGACGACGAGAGUAACACAAUGAAGGUUGUAGGACUAGAAGGUCACGUGAUGGAGCAGCUCAAGGUGUAUGAGGUCGAUUUCCAAUUUAUUCCCAAGUCUGAAGAUGAUUGCGUCUGCAAAAUCACUAUGAUAUGGGAGAAGCGCAACGAUGAUUUCCCCGAACCAAGCAGCUACAUGCAACUCCUCAAGAGCAUGGUUGUUGAUAUGGAGGACCACGAUUCUGGUAAAGUUUUUAGUAUCUCUAGGCUUUGUUGUGUUCUUCGUGGGUUGCCUAAGCCUCUUGUGUUUGCAGAGCAUAGAAAUGAGUUUGGAUUCGUUGAGCCAAGGUUGAGUUAUGGUUCGGUUGGUGGGAGGUUUAAGAAAGGAGAAAGUCCGUUUUACGAAGAGGCUUAUCAAAGAGUGGCUUUAGAUCAGUUUUUGAGGAUUGUGGUUAUCAGACUGGUAAAAUGCGGUAUGCUCAUUACCGACAAUCUGAUGAUAUCUUGGCGGAUUCAGGAUGGCAUUGCAACUUUUGUUUCCGACAUAUCAGUGAGUUUGUCUUCAAGAUGAAAGCUUAUAGUCAUUAUGAUAGAGUGAGGUUUGGUCAUUUCUUGAAUCCUAAAAAAGUUCAGAUAGUUAU